UUCAAAUAAAGACCAGUACUGCUAGCUUGGACGUAUCUAACUUGCCAUCAAUUCUAUAUAUAUAAGUUGUUCGAUCAAAAUUCUUUAAAUCUGUACCCCAACUCUCCGGGGACAUGGCAUCAUCGCACUCCGGUGAAGAUCAUGAGCUUGCUCGGCCAAUUAAUAUUACUAAUUCAGUCCUAGAGAAUUUCAUGGAUGCAAAAUCUGCACAUCAGAUCAAGGAAUUUCAUGACUUCUUUGCACGGAGUCGUUGUUGCGAGGUAACUGAGAAAAGGCCACCACUACCACACCAAGAUGACAAGGAUGCACCGCCAUUAAUCCUAAAGCCAAAGGCCGAGUGCUCCAUUGAUAUUGCCGGAUUGAAAGAUCUAAUUCCCAGUCCAAAUAAGGUUACACAGGAAAGUAAAUUUGAUCAAGAGCAGCCCUUAAACCAAUUGACCUUGCUAAGGGCAAACCUUGAGCUGGCAAGGAACGAAAAUGGGAAUCUGAAAGAAAUGUUGGCUCGAGCAACCAAGAAUUACACAGCUCUUCAGAGUCAUCUCCUACUUUUAGUGCAGCCACGGGCGGCCAACAUCAAGCACUAUUUUCUGCCGAAGGACGAUGACAGUACACAUGAAAAGGGUGGUUCGUUGGUACAUGAUGACCGGAGGCCAUCGACUCCAUUAUUAUUGGAUAUAAAUGAACCUUUUCGUUCAGACAACUGGAAACAAGAAAUGGAUCGUCAUGAUGAUCAUGACAUGAUUAAUAAAAUUGAAAGGAAACAUAAGAUUUCGACGGCGGAUGAUGAUGAUCAUGGCGGUGUUAAUGAUGUUCAUGAUCAUCAUCAUACAUCAAAAUUACGUUGGGAGCCACGAACAAAGAACGUAGAGCCGGCCGAGAAGAUACCAGCUCAUGAUCACGAGGUGUCAUGUAAGAAGGCAAGGGUGUCCAUAAGAGCACGAUCAAAUGCACCUUUGAUGAGUGAUGGAUGUCAAUGGAGGAAAUAUGGUCAGAAGACCGCAAAGGGUAACCCUUGUCCACGUGCCUACUAUCGCUGCACCAUGGCCAUUGGAUGUCCAGUUCGUAAGCAGGUCCAAAGGUGUGCACAGGACACGUCCGUCCUCAUAACAACCUAUGAAGCAAACCAUAACCACCCUCUCCCACCGGCAGCCACAAUCAUGGCUAAAACAACAUCAGCAGCGGCCAACAUGCUACUUUCCGGCUCCACCACCAGCGACAUGAUCAAUUCUUCAAAGGCCGGCCUCUUCACGUCAAUGCCUAGUUAUCCCUCUAGUACCAUAGCCACCACUUCCUACUCCGCACCAUAUCCCAAGCUCACACUUGACUUAACGCACGUUCCUGAUCAUGACCACUCCAUCAUGAAGUUCCAACAUCGCCCCCCUUUCUCACUAUCCUCCCCUGCAUCCUUCUUCCGUGAUCUGCCAUUGCAUGGAUACCCAGUACAGCAACUCGCACGGCAUCCCUUGUGCAUGUCAUCAGAGAAGCAUGAGGAGCUCAGUUCCGGGGUGAAUACAGUCGGUGCAGCUAUUGCCACGGACCAUGACUUCACAGCCGCACUAGCUGCAGCCGUUUCCUCUAUCAUCCAGGGUACAGGAGCUCAGGACAACAAGAAUUCCAACCACAGUACCGAUCACGUUGAUGCUGCACGCGACAGUAGUAAUUCACCUAAAAUGCCAGUAAUAGUGCCUGGUUCCCCACAAUUUCCUCAGUCUUGCACCACUUUCACCACUAAUUAGUAGUACUACUUGCUGUAAUUGACGAAAUAAGAAAGUACUGGAUGCCUCGGCCUUUCAAGGAAAGAACACGUGCAUGUUUCAUAUAAUAAGAUGUUCCCCCCGGAAAUUGUUUGGGCUAUUGGGUAAUAAUUAUGUCUUUAAUUAAGAUAAUGAUUAAUCUAAGUAGAAUUAUACAAUCACCCUGAAAUGUCUCGUUUAGACCUUGUAGUACUGCUUACAUAUAAAAAACUAUAGCAAGGAGGAGAAAGCAAGACAUGAAUUAUAAUAUAUGAUCUCAACAGAUGACAAUCUAGCUCCUAGGGAUAUAUGAAAUGCACCUAGACAAGUCCAACAGGCCUAUCCAUUGAAGACCGUGCAUGGGAGUUGAUUAUUAAAUGAUUUCCCAAAGUACUUGCUGCAUU